GGUUGUCUUAUUUGAAGUCCAACUAUUUAAAAAAACUAUAUUUUAUUCACAAUACAUGAGGAGUAUACCACCUGAAAUCGUAGGGGCUAAUGAGAUGAGGGGAACGGACACGUUGACUGACGCAUUCCGGGCUCCGUUAGCCUCCGGGGCUGAACCGGUCUGUCCACUCGGCUGGAGAUGGAGAGGCUAAUAACCGAGCUCACGAGGAAGCAUGUCCUCCUCACGGCUUCCUUCGCUGUACGACUGGCCCUGGUCGCUUAUGGAGACUACCAGGACAGGACCAUGGCUGUGAAGUACACUGACAUUGACUACCAUGUGUUCACAGAUGCUGCAAGAUUCAUCACUGAGGGCCAGUCCCCGUACAACAGGUCAACCUACCGCUACACCCCGCUCCUGGCCUGGCUGCUCACCCCGAACAUCUAUGUCAGCGCUGUGUUUGGCAAGAUCCUCUUCAUUGUGUGUGACGUGCUGUCAGGACUGCUCAUCUACAGAAUCCUCCGUCUGAGAGGUCUGAGCUCUGAGACUGCACGGCGUGUUUGUUCUCUGUGGCUACUCAACCCUCUGCCCAUGGGAGUGUCCAGCCGAGGGAAUGCCGAGUCCAUACUGGCAGCUCUGGUGCUGGGGACCUUACUCUGUAUGGAAGCCCAGCAUCUGAUGUGGGCUGCCGUUCUCUACGGUCUGUCAGUCCAUAUGAAGAUCUACCCCGUCACAUAUGCCCUGCCCAUCGCUCUGUCCCUGCGCACGCCAGAGACCAGAUCAGAGAAGUUCAAAAAGGGGAGGAGCUGGUUCAUGGGGUUUAUGGGAAGCUUCCUCAACCGGCAGCUGUUCCUCUUCGCAAGUGUGGCCGGAGGAGUUUUCUGUUUGCUUACAGCCCUCUUCUACUACAUGUAUGGAUGGGAGUUCCUUCAUGAGACUUACUUGUACCACCUGACCAGAAGGGACAUCCGACACAACUUCUCUCCAUACUUCUAUUUGCUCUACCUCACCACAGACAGCAGGUGGAGCCAGUGGCUCGGCCUGGCAGCGUUCCUGCCUCAGCUCGUCCUGCUGGUGGUGACGUCAUGGGCCUUUCACUCGGACCUAGCCUUCUGCUGCUUCCUGCACACCGCCAUCUUUGUCUCUUUCAAUAAAGUCUGCACUUCACAGUACUUCCUGUGGUACCUGUGUCUACUCCCUCUGGUCAUCCCUCACCUGAGUAUGUCGCUGAAGCAGGGAGUCGGACUGCUCCUCCUCUGGUUUGCUGGACAGGGUGUCUGGUUGGUUCCAGCCUACUUCCUGGAGUUCGAAGGCUCCAACACCUUCCUGUUAAUGUGGCUGGCCGGACUACUCUUCCUGAUUAUCAACUCAUCCAUCUUGAUUCAGAUCGUAGUCCAUUACAAACCAACUCAAACUCCACAGAGAAUGAAGGUCGAGUGACCUUUCACUGAAGAUGGACAAUGGAUGUUUAAAAAUAAAGUUUUUUGUAAUUCUCAGA